AAGUCCAAAUGAGCCCACACCAAAAUGGUACAAGUUUGAUGAUGGUGAUGUGACCGAGUGCAAGAUGGAUGAUGAGGAGGAGAUGAAGAAUCAGUGUUUUGGUGGCGAGUACCUGGGAGAGGUCUAUGAUCACAUGCUAAAACGUUCUGCAUUCCGCCGCCAGAAACGAUGGUGGAAUGCUUACAUACUGUUCUACGAGAGGAUAGAUGAUGUCACAGAAGACGAAAUUGCCAAGGAUGUGAAAAAUUUGACAUUAGCUACUUCCACCCCCAUUGUGAAAAUGCCUCAAGCAAUUGAGAAGGUGGUCAGACGUGGGAACAUCCGCUUCAUGCAUGAGAAGAGCCAGUUCUCUGUGGAGUACUUCACUUUCAUCAAGAAGUUAGUGGUCUGCAACCAGUUUGUCAUCAAUCAAAGCAUUCUUGAGAAUAAAACUCCAGAAAUAGAACAAAUUUCCAUGAUCAGUACAGAAUUGGCAUCCAAGUUUCUCUUCAGUGUUGGUUUUAAGACAAAGAAAUCUCUCAGGGGGCCUGCUGCAGACUGGUCAGAUGCCCUCCAUAUUCACCUGCGAACCAGCAAGAAUGUCCGUUCUUGGUUUGCUUUGAAUGUCAUAUUCAAAAACCCAAAUAUACUUACGGAAUAUUUGCUGGAGUGUCCCUCCUCUGAGGUCCGAGCAACUUUUGUCAAGAUUUUUGUUAUACUUACUAGUCUUACCCUGGUUGAUGGGCCCUGUCCUCCACUGCCUCUGUCAGGUAUGAAACUUUGCCUGUCCAGCACGCAGUAUGACCCCAACGCUACCUUGAGUGACCACCUGUUAGUGGCAGCUUUAUCACUGUUGAAGAAGGAUAUCUCUGAACAUGGCCGACACCUGCAGCAGUAUUUCCACCUCUUCCACCUGUAUCUGAACAUGAACCCCAACAACCCAGAGCUCAACAUGAAAAUUAAACUUCAACUUCUGAAGCUUCGAGUUCCCGCUCAGUUCAUGUUGGUGGCUCUAGAUGAAGGCACAGGACCGCCUAUCAAGUAUCAGUAUGCAGACCUGAGCAAGUUGUAUUCAGUAGUAUCCCAGUUGAUCAGAUGCUGUGAUGUGUCUCAGAGAUGUCAGUCAUCCAUUGCUGGACAACUGCCUCUACCAAACCCUCACGGAGACACCAUAUGUGGGAAGCCUCUGAUGCCGAUACAGCACCCGGUUGCAGAGAUUUUAUAUGGCCGUAGUGUCUACGUCAAGAAGAUAAUUGAGGAAGCAAACACAGUAGAUGAAACUACAAAGCUUUUGAAGUACUGUUCCUGGGAGAAUCCCCACUUUUCUUCAGUGGUGCUGAGUGAAUUGCUGUGGCAGGUGGCCUACUCUUACACGUAUGAACUGAGGCCCUACAUGGACCUGCUGCUACAGAUGCUUUUGUUAGAGGAUUCCUGGCAGACACACCGCAUCCACAAUGCUCUCAAGGGUAUCCCUGACGACAGAGAUGGCCUGUUUGACACCAUCCAGAGAUCCAAGAACCACUACCAGAAGAGAGCCUACCAGUGUAUCAAGCUGAUGGUCUCUCUCUUCACACACUGUCCGACUGCUGCCUCAAUGCUGCAGACCAAUGGAGACAUCAAACGCAGAUGGACCUGGGCUAUAGACUGGUUGAAUGAUGAGAUGGAAAGGCGCCCUUACCCAGGCAACACCCAGUAUACAACGUACAACAAUUGGUCACCUCCUGCGCAGUCAAAUGAGACAAGUAAUGGAUACUUCCUGGAGAGGUCACAGAGUGCAAGGCUAACAUUGGCUAAAGCAUUUGAGUUGUGCCCAGAUGAUGAGCAAGAAGAAACAGAGAUUGCAGAGGAUCAUGAUGUGCAUCCCCCAGAGGAGGGGACCUAUCCACCAGUGCAGUCCUCCCAGAUUGAGUACCCUGUUCCUGCUCAGCAGCACCAUCAACCAGCGCCGGCCCCGGCAACCACCACAGCAGCUCCUGUCCAGACCUCGCCACCACCGCCGGCACAGACCACAUCCCAUGCUCAACAUCAUCAGGGUACCCAACCACACCAUCCCCCAGCGGCCGGCGGGGGCAGUGUGAGCUCCCCCCAGAACGCCAACACCACCGGGGUUAUCGCUCUCGGGUCGGCACCCCAACCCUCGGUGAGCGGUUGCGUCACCCCCAGCCAGUCACCCCCGCCCGCCAGCCAGAAUCCGGUCACCAAACAACAGACACCCCAGCGGGCACCAAACCUGACACCGACUUCAUCUCCAAUCCAGUCGCCCCUGCCUGGCCCGACUGCUGUGAUUGACAAUAAAGAGACAGGAGAAAAUGAGGGCUAA